GUUUUCCUUCUGAUUCAAGAGGGCCCGGGUCGCCAGACUAGCCGGUGUCUCCCUCCCCAACACGCCCCUCGCCCGCCUGCCUCUUGCCACUCCCUCUCUCUCCCCGGCUCAAUAAAGUUAGCCAGUUCAAAAAGGGAAGCCCUGGUAAGGGCCCUGCCUCCCUCCCAGCCUGCCUCGGUCCCUCCCUCGCCGCUGGCCCGGCCCUGGGAUCCCUCCUUCCUGCGCUCCAGGCCCGGCCCAUUGGCGUCGCCGUCGCAGGAGAAGGGGCGGAGAAGCAGCCAGCCUGGGCCGGCCCGUGCCUCGUCUGGAAGGUCCCAGGAGGCCUCUAGUCAGACAGAAGCUGGCCAGAAGCCAAGCAUCAUGGCGGCAGGAUCCCUCUUCAGAGCUCUGGUAUCAGCCAACUGGGUGGCUAAGUCCUUGAAGGCGUCCCAGCCCCUGAGGCUUCUGGAUGCCUCGUGGUACCUGCCCAAGAUGAACCGAGACCCCCGGCAGGAGUUUGAGCAGUCUCACAUCCCCGGAGCGGCCUUCUUUGACAUUGACCUCUGCAGUGACCGGACCUCCCCCUAUGACCACAUGCUGCCCAGCCCCGCAGACUUUGCCGAGUAUGUUGGCAAGCUGGGGGUGGGGAACGGCACCCACGUGGUGGUGUACGACGCCAGCGAUCAGGGCCUCUUCUCCGCCCCCCGAGUGUGGUGGAUGUUCAGGGCCUUUGGGCAUGAUACCGUCUCACUGCUGGAUGGAGGGUUAAGGAACUGGAAGCGAGAGGGGUACCCUCUGAGCUCUGGCAAGGCCCGCCCGAUUCAAGCAGAGUUCCACGCCACCCUCAACCCUUUGUUCGUGAAGACCUACGAAGACAUGAAAGAUAACAUUGAAUCGCGCAAGUUCCAGGUCAUAGAUGCUCGUGUUGAAGGGCGCUUCAAGGGUGUGGAGCCGGAGCCCCGGGAAGGCAUUGAACCUGGCCACAUCCCUGGCUCCUGCAACAUCCCCUUCCUCGACUUCCUGACUGAAAAAGGCCUGCAGAAAAACGCUGAAGCCAUCCAAAGACUGUUCCAGGAGAAGAAGGUGGACCUGUCGAAGCCCCUGGUGGCAACCUGUGGUUCAGGCGUCACUGCCUGCCACGUAGCCCUGGGUGCUUAUCUCUGUGGCAAACCUGAUGUGGCCAUCUAUGACGGAGCCUGGGUGGAGUGGUACAUGAGGGCCCGGCCUGAGGAUGUUGUCUCGGAGGGCAGAGGCAAAACUCUCUGAGUCGGGAGUAAGCGGGGGCUUUCCCUGCUCCCUGGUCACCAGCCUUUACCACCCCAACAUGGGGAGUAGCCCAACCCAACAGUUUUCUUAAGUCUUUUUUAAAUACAGUGGCCAAAUUUCAUUUUUUUUUUUUUAUUCUCAAGGUGUGGCCUGCAUGGCACACACUCCCUCCUUCCCUCCCUCUGGGAGGCCAUUGAAAAUACGUUCUGAUUCUGAGAUAAAUGCUAUCCGCUAAAAGGGGGAAGGAGGAUAGAGGAUACUUUUUGACAAUGGUGAAGGGAUUUAAUUGGUUGAUUAAAGUGGGGAAUGGGGGGGAGGGGGCUUCAAAUAUGGCCCUCUGAAAUUUAGCCUGUUGAUCACCACACUACCUCCUCCUAUCUUUUUUGUCAAUAAAUAUGAAACAUUUAAUCUUUCUAUAC